AUGAUGCAGCUCAGGCUCAAUUUACAUCUCCUUGUGGUGCAGAUGCUAGCUGCAAAUAUCCGGAAAUUACAAAAUAUUCAAUCAUGCACCAAGGUUUUGGUUGCUACAGCUCUUCACGUCACCUCAUUGCGACACCUUUAUUAA